AUGUCUCAAACACUCGCGCACAAUGCUAGCGGCGCGCCAUCCACCGUCAGCGAUGCCGAGCGACCACCGCACACUUCCAACUCUAGCGACGGCGGCAACCAUGAACUCAAAGAGAAGGACGUCGAGAUGGCAGAGAACCCCAUCGCUGCCAAAGCUGAUCCUGCGCUUGAGGACGAGUCGAAUUACGUAACUGGUCUCAGGCUUGUCCUGAUCAUGACCGUGAGUAGUGACGAGUGUGCCUGUCUCUCCCUUCGUAGCACGCUCUGACCAUUCCUCUUUGUCAUUUCUAGGCUGUCAAUUUGACCGUCUUCCUCGUAGCACUCGAUCAAACCAUUGUCUCAACUGCUGUGCCCAUCAUCACCAACCAAUGUGAGUCUUUUGCAUCAGCGACCCCUCACCAAGGCGCUUCACUGACUUGAGGUUUGACAUUUUGCAGUUCAAAGUUUUACCGACGUCGGAUGGUACGGAUCCGCUUAUUUGUUGACUUCUACUGCAUUCCAGCCUCUCUUCGGAAGAUUGUACUCUAGCUUCGACGUCAAGAACACCUAUCAAGUCGCCCUCUUCAUCUUUGAAAUUGGUUCUCUCAUCUGCGCGGUUGCGAAGGACUCCAAGACUUUCAUCGUGGGCAGAGCCAUUGCUGGUCUUGGUCUGGCUGGUGGUUACAGCGGUAGUAUGAUCAUCGUGAACAUCAUUGCUCCCUUGAGGCAACGUCCCUUGCUCACCAGUCUCAUGGGCGCCAGCUACGGCAUCGGAGCGACCAUCGGACCUCUCAUCGGUGGUGCUCUCACUUCGCACGCUACUUGGCGGUGAGUGUGCGAGCGCAAUAAGAGCGCGUUUGCAUAUCAAGCGACAAAGAAUAACAAAGUUCUCCCAUUUCCUGCUUUCGUACCCAGUUGGUGCUUCUACCUCAACUUGGUCCUCUACGCUCUUAUUGGGCCCGCAGUCCUCUUGGCGCUCCAGGUGCCCAAGGCCAAGCACGAGAAGACGGUCAUUCAGCGCAUCAUCGAGAUCGACUGGCUCGGCAGCUUCCUGAUCCUCGGAUCUCUCAUUUCUCUCCUCCUCGUGCUUCAAUGGGGAGGUGUCGACUACGCAUGGGGCGACUCCAAGAUCAUCGGUCUCAUCGUCGGCUUCGUCGUCAUUGCCAUUGCUUUCCUUGUCGAUCAGUGGUUCAUGGGCGAGAUGGCUACAAUUCCUUUCCGACUGUUCAAGCAGCGAACAGUCGGCUUCGGCACCAUCGUCAACUUUGGUGUCGCAGGUGCAUACUUUACCGAGCUCUACUACUUGCCCAUCUACUUCCAAGCGGUCCGCGGCUCAUCUGCCAUUCGCGCAAGUGUCCAGAUGCUUUCAUUCAUCGUCGCUGUCGUCUUUGCAGUCACAGUCAUCGGCGGCGUCGUCAACAAGACCGGUCACUACAUCCCCUUCCUCAUCGUUGGUACUGCACUGGUGGCCAUCGGCGGUGGCAUCCUUUCCGUCUUCGAGGUUGACACCAGCCUUUCGGAGUACGUCGGCCUCCAAUUCUUGGCUGGUUUCGGUCCGGGUAUGAGUUGGAUGCUGCCAUUCAUCGCAGCUUCUGCGGCACUCGCUCCUCAAGACAUCGCGCUCGGCAGCGGUAUCGUCAUCUUCUUCCAGACUCUUGGUGGAACGAUCUUCGUGUCCGUCGCGCAGUCCGUGUUCCAAAACAAGUUCCAGCUUUACCUCAACGAGAUCCCUGGAGCAGACCCUGGAUCCAUCCUACGCCACGGUAUCUCCGCUUUCCGCGAGACCACACCUGCAGAGAUUCUUCCGGCAGUCCUCGACGCUGCAAACCACGCCCUCAGCCGCGUCUGGAUCAUCGUCGGUGUGCUCGGCGCUUUCGCCUUUGUGGGCGUCUUCGGCAUGGAGCUCAGACGCAAGAUCCCUAUUGGCGCCAGCGCUCCUGGUGGUCUCUAA